UUGAGCUCCCCUUUGAUUGUCAAUGCAGUAACGUGUAAUGACACUGUUAUCGGGAUCCCCCUCAAGGGGGCCCCUCUCAGUAGUCGCUGACAGCAGCCAGCCAACACGUGAUCUCUGCUACCGGCAAAAUACAAAACCUCCUCGGCAGUCACGAAGCGGAAUUAUGCUUCAGGAAGCCAGAAUAGAAAGAAGAGAAAGGAAGAGGAGGAUAAGAAAAAACAAGAUAGUGUUCUUCUGUUAGCACUGACAGAGAACAUCCUGAUGAUAACAGUCUGCAGACCUGGAAAGAUAAGAAGCAGAGGAAAGUGUGUAGAUGAGAAUGAGUGUGAGAUUCAACCAUCCAUUUGUGAAAGAAAUGCAGCAUGCUUCAACACUGCUGGCAGCUACUACUGUCAAUGUCAUGAAGGAUUCACACCUCCUUCACCUCAUAAUUUCACACAAUUGGAUGGGAUUUUAUGCAAAGACAUCAAUGAAUGUUUGGUCGGCAGCGAUGAUUGUGGUCCUAAUACAACAUGUGUUAAUACUGAAGGAGGUUAUAAUUGCACAUGUGCAACUGGCUACAUUUCCAGCAAUGGAAAAGAUAUAUUCAAUUCAGGAGUUCAGUGUAUAGACAGAGAUGAAUGCAAUGAUCCCAGUUUUUGUGGAAAACAUGCAUCAUGUCAUAACACUGCUGGAGGUUUCUACUGCAUCUGUGAAGCUGGAUUCAGACUAAAGUCAGGAGGAACUAACUUCACUGAUACAAGUGAACUCUGUGAGAAGCUUAAGUGUGACAGAUUUUUAAGUGAGAAAGACGCAUCCCAGACAUCUCCAGAGCUCACAAAACUCGUCUCUUUAAUAACCGACAGCUGUCUGAUAAUGAAUCAGAGUGAGUCUGUGAACAAUAAUACACAAGCGCAUGGAGAAAAACUUUUGAAGGGAUUUCUGAGUGAUCUAGAUGAUCUGAAUCACGGUGGAUUCAGUGGUGAUAAUGGUAUGAUCUCAGCAUUGUUUAGGAUUGUGGUAAACAUACUAAAACUGAUCGGACAUCUGCUGUCAGCAAGCCGAACCAGGAAAAUAAGUGCUAAAGCUGAAGUGGAGCUGUUAGUAAAGAGGGGCAAUUCUCCACCUGAGGGUGAUUUCAGGAUGAAUAUCAGUGGAGCACAGUUAACCUCCCACUGGGACACAGCAACAGGAAAUACAUACCACGGCUUCACGACUGCAGCUCUCCUCAGCUACAAAGGUCUGGAUGAAUCACUCAACUGCUGUUUUGACCAUUUAGAGACACAGAAAAAGCAAACGUAUAAGAUUAAUUCAAAAGUAGUAACUGCCACAUUUAUUAACACUGAGACAACCAACCUAAAUAAACCAAUAAAACUCACAUUUUCUCACUUGGAGAAAAAGAAUGAGAAGCAUAUGUGUGUGUUUUGGGAUCCUGAGCUGGACGGGGGCGCGUGGUCAACACUUGGCUGCUCUACAGUGAGCUCCAGAGCCGAUCAGACCGUCUGCUCCUGUAAUAAACUCGGCAGUUUUGCUGUGCUGACGGUUCUCUGUGACACUGGGGUCUGUAGGCCUACUCUUAACUUUUGUACGCUUGACAGCAAACCUUGAGCUAAAUGAACAUCUCUUUUCCCCCCUCAAUAACUGAGGUGCCCUUAAACAAAGACAUCUAACCCCCAGUUUUAAAUGGCUACUGAACCACUGCUGUGUGUGAAUGGGAUAAAUGCAGAAGACAAACUCAGAGUAUUGGAGGAUAUAAGGAUCUUCAAAUUCAAACUGUGUGUGUUUGUGCAUGUCAAGGCUUUUAUUGUCACAGUUGUUGUGAAGUAAUUUUCCAUUGCUAUAAAUAACAUUUGUCGGAUUUGUGUUUGUCAUGUGAAGCCUGAGCAUUGAAACAUAUGCAAAUAAAAUUAUUCAAUAAACUUUUAAUCAACAUUA